GCUAGAAGAGCUGACUACGCAAGUGCAGGAGUCUAACAUCGCAAAAACCCGGAAGAAAAGAUUCGUCGUAGAAUCUAGAUCAUACAUCGAAACAAUCAAACCCGGAGAAGACGUAGUGCCUAUCUCAGCAAAACAGUAUGAGCUGUGCAUGCAACAGUUCACUCCUGACUGGAAGAACAAUCUCAUCUUCUGCACCUCUACAGAAGCACGCGACCUACUCCAGCGCUGCAACCUCCAGAUGCUACUCCUCGUCCCCUCCGAGCUGAACAGCCUCAAGCCACGCACGCUCUACUCCGCCCAACACCACGAAAGCAUCCUCAAAUUCCGCAAACACGCCUCAACCGAACGCUACAUGGACAUCCAAGACCUAAUCAGCGCACACACAACCCGACGCCUAAUCAUCUCCACCGCCCUAAACCGCAUGCACGACCCCACCGCCCUCCCCAUAAACCUACUUGACAUCCGGCCCGUACGUCAAAACGUUCUACCCGGGAAACUCGACAAUCUAAUUGACUACAGCAUCUUAUCCGAAGCCACAGAAUAUGGUGGCAUGUCCAACCACUCUGACGCCUUACCCACCGAUCUCUCCAAUAAAACCGGUUUCGCGCUCUGGGGCAAACGAGGUGAUGGUCUUUCCCCCUGGUCGACGAACACGGCCUCUACACCGGCGAUUUGUGUGAAUCCGGAUCGAAAUUUUGGUUCACAUGGUCACUCAACCCCUCUGAACGCGAGGAAUGGGCUGUAGCACGGCAAGCAGGCAUCCAAUACGCACCAAACAAACCCGGGUUUCCUAUUUACCUCAAGAAGGGGGAUUUACUAAUUAUGCCACCAGGGACGGUGCAUGCACCGCUGAGUCUGGAAGAUGCGAUUAUGCAUGGGUUUCAUGUGUGGUGUAGCAAGACGAUGGUGGAGACGGUGGAGACGGCGGAGAGUGCGCUUUUGGAUUUGAGAUUUCCUACGUGUACGAAUGAGGAGCCGAGGAGGGAGUUGAGGGCGAAGUUGGUGCAUUUGGUGAGGGCGAGCAAGGCGAGGAUACCGCCUUAUACGUGGGGGGUUCAUGGGGAGUUUGCGGAGUUGGUGAAGCGCAUUUCGGCGGGGUUGGACGGUUUGGAGACAUGAUGAAGGUGCUGUGAUGGGGGUUUGAUUGGGGUAUUAGCGGGUAUGAGCUGAGAGUGAUCAUUGAUGAGUCUAUUCGCGUGCUACGA